AUGAAAGGAGUUUUGUAUUUAAUUCUUAUUCAGCUAUGGUUCCUAAUAGGAAAAGUUUUUAUUUCUGCAAAUAAGGUUCUAAACAGCUAUGAAUACUGGGAAGAACAAGUGAAUUCUGUUUCCAUAAAUAGCCAGGCAGACAAUAUAAAUACCCAUGUGAAAAAGAACGCAGACUCUUAUAUAAGAGAAAAUCUUGAUCAUUUAAGAUCAGAAUUACCAGAGAAUCAUAAAACCGCGUUCAAUAAUAUUAAAACUAAACCAAAACAUAAUUUUAAAACAAUCAAUUUUAAGGAAAAUGAAUUAAGCGAAACUGAUGUUGAAUCUAAUAAAGCCACAAACAAUUGUGAAUGCAUAAUUACAAACAACUCUUGCUGGACAAAAUCAGCAUGUAUUGGAGUUGCAAGUACUAUCUCUGUCUCUAGCCUUUUUAUAUUCAUUGCAAUUAUGUGGCUAGUUCAAGCUUUCUCCACUUAUGCUGCAAAAGAAGAACAUAUCAUUUUUAAAAAUAAACUUAAAAAUAACGAAAAUACGAAAUAA